AUGAGUAAAGCACACAUCAGCGAAGCCAGGACCACUAGUGCUAUGAGAAAUCACCUGGAAGCUAAACACAAAAAUGAAUAUGAAGAAUUGAAAAAAAGAGAACAUGAAAAGCAAGAUGCUGCUAAAAUUAAUUCUUUGGCGUCCUCUUCGCGACAAUGUACCAAAACUGACCUUAAGCAAAUGUCUUUGAGUGAUUGCGUUGAAAAAAAUAAAAAGUGGGAUAACAACAACACCAAAUCUUUGGUGCUGGAUAAUUUGAUUGGCGAAAUGAUCGCACUGGAGGACUUACCAUUUAGUUUUGUGGAAUGUCUUGGAUUUGUGAGAUUGAUUAACCAAGUAUGCCCUUCAUAUAAUUUAAAAAGUCGGCAAUAUUUUACUUCCUUCAUUUGUGAGAAAUUAUACGGCAAGGUAAAAGAUAAAAUUCUGGAAUUAAUCAAAUCAUUUGAAAAAUUAGCAUUAACAACUGAUAUAUGGUCUGACUCUUGCUCUGGAGUGUCGCUGAUAAGUUUCACUUGUCACGGAAUUACCAAUAAUUUUGAACGAAAAAUGAUUAUAUUGAAAGCAGAAGUAUUCAAUGAUGGGCGACAUACAGGAGAAAAUAUAGCGGCAAAGUUAGAAACUAUGUUGUCAUCAUGGGGAAUUCCCAAAGAAAACGUAUUAUGUAUUGUUAGAGAUGGUGGCACUAACAUGAAAAAAGGUAUUUCUUUAUUAAGUAUUAAAAACAUUGAUUGUUUAUCGCACCAAAUCCAACUUGUUGUUAAAGAAGGGCUUAAGUCACAAGAAUCUAUCAUUGCAGCCAUUAACAAAUGUAAAAAGAUAGCAACAAAUUUUCACCACUCUAAUGUAGCUCAAGAUGAACUUGUUAAUCUACAAGAAAAGCUUAAUCAACCAAAGCUCAAGAUAAUCCAAGAGUGUGUUACGAGGUGGAAUAGCACCUUUUACAUGCUAGAACGCAUUUUGAAAAACAAAGAUUCGCUGUGCCUUUAUGCUUCCACCAGCAACAAAAUUUCACAACUAACUUCAGAAGAAUGGAUACUUGUGGAAAAAUUGAUUACAUUGCUUCAACCUUUUGAAGAAAUAACUCGAGAACUAAGUGCAGCCAAUGUUUCCAUAUCAUCUGUGAUUCCGUUAUUGGCCACUCUGGAAAAGGUGAUUGACGAAUAUAAUGCAUCUGACGAGUGCAUUAGGAACACUAUACUUGUUUUAAAACAAGAAAUGAGACACAGAUUUUCUCACUUAGAAAACGACAUAUUAUUUGCUACAGCAACGUUUAUUGAUCCUAGAUACAAAACGAAAUUCUUCAAAAAUCCUUCAACAAAAGAUCAAGUCAUGAAAAAUAUUUUAGAUUCACUUGGAGAUGAGGACUUAAGUUUGCCGUCAUGUUCAAAGCCAAAGCGUCCUAAAAUAAGGAAUCAGGAUAAUGAAAACUUGGGCUCCAGUACCAGUCUUUCAGAAAAAUCUGUGACAUUAAAAGAAACUAUGAAAAUGAUGAUGGACUCAAGUGAAAGCGAGGAAGAACUAGAUAAUGAUAUUCCAAAUCCAUUAGAAGUAUUAAUAAAAAAAAAUAUUAAUGAAUAUGUUUUGGAUAAACGUAUUGAAAAUGAAGAAGACCCACUUCUUUGGUGGAAAGUAAAUAGCAACAAAUAUGGCAUUCUUUCUCCAGUAGCCAGAGAAUAUUUGGUAACUCCGCCCACAAGUGUCCCCAGUGAAAGAGUUUUCAGUGGAGCUGGACUACUUUACACACCUCACUUAAACAGGCUGCACGGAGAAAGAGCCUCCAAACUUUUAUUUUUAAAAUUUAACAUUCCAUUGCUUCAAUUUAAUUAUUAA